CACGCGAGUCACGCGCUCGCGCUCACGUCAACCAGUCACAGUUCUCUCCCUUCGACAACCAUGAAGAUCACCCUCCUCGCACUCGUGGCACUCGCUGCCAUCGCCUCUGCCCACUCGGUCCAGCUCGUCAACGAGUUUGAGGCCUGGAAGGCCCAGCACGGCAAGAUGUACGCGUCGCUUGACGAACACAACGCCCGCCUCUCCAUCUUUGCCGACAACAAGCUUCGCGCCGCGGCCCUCAACGCGCGCUCCCAGACCGCCACCUUUGGCAUGAACGCCUUUGCCGACCUCUCGCCUGAGGAGUUCAAGGCCUCGUUCCUCUCGUCGUCGCCGGCCACCCUCCCGUCGGACUACACCCUCGAUGCGCCCGCGGGCAACAAGGACAUCCCGUCGUCGUACGACUGGCGGACGCACACGCCGCCUGUGGUCAACCCGGUCAAGAACCAGGGCCAGUGCGGUUCGUGCUGGGCAUUCUCUGCGGUUUCGGCCAUCGAGUCGGCCUGGGCCCUCGCCGGCAACCCGCUUGUCUCGCUCUCGGAGCAGAACAUCAUCGACUGCACCCUCAACAACGAGGCGUACUGCAUCAAGUACCACGGCCAGAAGUCGUGCCCCGCCGGCUGCAACGGCGGCCUCCAGCCGGAGGCCUACCUCUACGUCAUGGCCAACCAUGGCAUCGACACCGAGUCGUCGUACCCGUACCAGGCCGUUGACGGCACCUGCGAGUUCAAGUCGUCGUCGGUUGGCGCCACUGUCUCCAACUGGACCUUUGUCUCGACCUAUGAGGCUCCCAACGAGGAGGCCGUCGCUGAGGCUCUCGUCGAGCACGGCCCGCUCGCCAUCGCCGCUGACGCCUCCGAGUGGCAGCUGUACAUGGGCGGCGUGUUUGACCUGCCGUGCGGCCAUUCGCUCGACCACGGCAUUGUCAUCGUUGGCUACGGCUCGAAGAAGACCAUCCUCGGCAAGGAGCACCCGAUCUGGAUCAUCCGCAACUCGUGGGGUGCCUCGUGGGGUGAGAAGGGCUACAUGUACCUCCAGCGUGGUGACAACAAGUGCGGCGUCGCCGACUACGUCACCCGCCCCAUCAUCCACUAAGCUCCUGCUCAUCUGCCUCUGGCUUGCUGGUAAAUUUUCUUUCAUGCCCU